AAACCAUUUAAAGACAACCCAAUCACUAAACGACUGAACACAAUUGCAGACUUUUGUUUAAAAAACAAGAAAGUGGAUGGCUACAAAAGCAAAGUGCAAAAUGGCUUAAGAGAUUUAAUGAUUGAUAUAGAUGUUACUGAGGAGAGAGAUCCAGAUAAGUGUCAUCUAUGUAUGGUAAAUCCUAAAGCUGGAGAUGUAAAAGUUGCUAACCAUCACUGCAUUAAUGUUUGUGUAUCCUGCGAAAAAACUAGUUUUCUGAAUCCAAUAAGAUGCCAUUGUGGCAAUGAAAUACAACCUAGGAUUGGAUAUAAAUGGGGCGCAUUGCUAGUGGCAGGAGAAGAUACAGAAGGUUCUUAUGAUUUUACUGAAAAUGUUAUCUCCUUCAAAGAAGUUAUUACAUCAAGAGCUCCACUUAUAAUGGGAAUAAGUGAAAGCAGCAUUCAGAUGGUAUUGCCAGACAAAUCAAAGACAAGGCAGUCUCAGAGAAUUGUGGAUGCCAUUGAGAAUUUACCAAAAGAUCUCAAGACUCUUGUGAUUAACAUCUCAUGCCAAGGCUCACGCGAAGACCCCUUCUCGUUUCAUUUGUCAGCAUCAGACACACUUUUGUUGACAACAUUAGAAGAAGAAUUAGAGAAUUAUAAAGACUCUAAUAAUGACUUCAUCAAAAUCAUUUUGUUUUGUGACUGUUGCUUUCCUCGAAAAAUAAAUAUCAAAGGUAUCGAGACAGAAAAGAUUAUUCAAAUUAACUCAUCUAAAGAAACACAAAGGUCAUGGGCCCCUACUCAGGAGACAAGUUACUUCUCAAAGUUUCUGAUACAAGGUUUGAAAGCAAAUACUGAAAAUGCGCCAUGUGGGACAAAGGACUGCACUCAUUGUAAGACGUAUUGGAACUAUCGCAAAGAUUAUGUGACCGUUGAGAACUUGUUUGGUUAUAUACACAAUCACAUUAAACACAUACAGGAGCCUCAACUUUUAUUCAACGGCAGCUCUGAUGAUUUUGUAUUAGCUUACUACACAGAAGAGCAGGAAUGCAUAGAGUUCACUGUACAUGAUGAUUCUGAUACAGAAACGCAAAGCCUUAUACUUGACUUUUCUUCAGAUAUGUGUCAGAUUGAAGCUCAACUUCUUGAAAAGUCACAAAAGGAUAAAGAUUCCUACACUGUUGCCAUACAAAAGAUGACUUUUAGAACGGAUAUAGGAAUGGAGCCUUGUAAAACGUUUAAAGAAGUUGUUCUAGCUUGGGAAACCAGACAGCCCCUUCAGGUGGCUUUUCAUCCAAAGAAUGAACAAAUGGAAGAAGGUGAUGAAGACGUAGAUAUUUUAUACAGCAGAACAUAAAAGAUGAAUAUUGAUUGAAAUAGCCUGUAUGAUCACAUAGCACUUUUAUUGAUAUGAAGCAUGGCAUUUUCGAAUUUCCACCUGUAUCGAUUUGAAAUGUUUAUUUGCUAAAUAUUGAUUCAUAUAGGUCAAUAUCUUUAUUAAAGAUAUUCAAAUAUUCCUUCUUUUUCUACAAAACACAAUGUGUCUCUACCAUUGAAAUUCUUAAAUGGGUUUAGCCGAUUCAUCAGGUUUUUAUCCCAAGCUGAAAAGACGAUGGAAGAUGUGGUAAUUGUUGCCGUCUGUCCCAGCUAACAUCAUCCAAUCGUACAAUUGAAACUGUUGAUUUAGCGGCUUUUUUUAUUUGUAAAUAGUAAACCAUUUUCUUCUGAACCCACAAAGGCUUUGCACACUGUCUAGUGGACCUGUCCUUUGUUUAAUUUUAAGCCCUUGGGUAAAAAUUAUUAUGCUUCAGUGGUUAUCAGCCACUAACAUAGUUUCUCUAUUCAAAAAACACUUGCUUAUCAUGCCGAGGAGCAGGUGGUUGAACAGAUGUUACUAUUCCGAAGCAAUUCUUUAGGGAUUUAUGCACUUGUUUUAACUGUGAGAUCGUUAUUAUUAACAGACAAGCGUUAUACAGCAUACAGUUAUGAAAUUCGGACUACAUGCAGUUUCAUGUGUAGAUUUUAAACUUUGAUUUUAGUUGAUCUAAAGCUUAAGCAAAUGACCCCUGUUUGAAAAACGGGAUGUUUUAUAGUUUUCCCCAAGGCAGACGGGCAGAUGGUUGUGCAGUGUCCAAUUUUUUGUCUGGAGCAUAUCUCUUUCACGCAUUGAGGAAUUUUUUAUGAAACUUCAUAGAAAUGUUCACCACUAUGAGAAGCUGUGUAAUGCACAUGAAACAGGUCUUCAGGUCAAGGUCACAUUAGAGGUCAUUAAAAAACACUUUUCCGGAGCAAAACUUCUACAUGCAUAGAGGGAUUCCAAUAUAACUUGCCACAAAUGUUCACCAUUGUGGGGCUGAUUCACGUGCAAAAUUCAUGGUUCAGAGAGAAAUACGAAAAUGUGUAUUCGGACCUUUUAGACAUCAUUUCUUAGGGAAUUGAAUCACAAAUCAUAAUCAUGAUUAGAGGUGUAAAACAUGUAAUUUAGGUUAAUAUAUGCAAGGUGAUAAAAUAUAGCGAUUUUGUCCAGAGCAUAUCUCCUACACAUAUGGAAGGAUUCUAAUGAAACUUCAUAGAAAUGAAAUGUUCACCACUAUUAGAAGCAGUCUCUUGCGCAUGAACCAGGUCUCUAGGUCAAAGGUCAAGGUCACGCUUAGAGUUCAUUUAAAAAAUGCUUGUCCAGAGCAAAACUUCUACAUAUAUAGUGGGAUUUCAAUAUAACUUGGCACAAUUGUUCACCAUUGUGUGGCCGACUAAGUGUCACAUGUAAAAUUUAGGACCUUUUGGCCAAGGUCAAUGUCACACAUAGGAGUCAAAGUUAAGAUAAAAAUGUGUAUUCGGACCAUUUAGUCAUCAUUGAAUGAGGGAUUGAAACACAAAUGAUUAUUAUCAUGAUUACGGGUAUGAUACAGGUAAUUAAGGUUAAUAUAUGCAAGUUCAAGCUCACUUAAGAUGAUAAAAUAUAGGGAUUUUGUACUGAGCAUAUCUCCUACACAUAUGGAUGGAUUCAAAUGAAACUUCAUAGAAAUGAAUUGUUUACCACUAUGAAAGCAGUGUAGUGUGCAUGAACAAGGUCUCUAGGUUACAAGUCAAGGCAACACUAAGAGGGCAUUGAAAAACGCUUGUCCAGAACAAAACUUCAUAUGCAUAUGGGUAUUUCAAUAUAACUUGGCACAAAUGUUCACCAUUGUAAGGCAGAGUAUCGCAUGCAAAAUUUAGGUCCCUGUGGCCAAGGUCAAGGUCACACAUAGUGGUCAAAGUUCAGAUGAAAAUGUGUAUCGGACCAUUUAGUUAUCAUUUAUUGAGAGAUUGAAACCUGAAUGGACAUUAUCAUGACUUCCAUUGUAAAGCUAAGUAUUGUGCGCAUAAUCCAAGUCCCUGCUAGCAAAGUCAAGGUCAUAUAGAGAUAGUCAAAGUUUGUGUAAGGGGACCAUUUAGUCAUAGAUGGAUUGUAACACAAAUGAUAACUAUCAUGACUACAAGUGUGACACAUGUAAGGUUUAUAUUUGCGAGGUAACGGUCACUAGAGGUGAUAAAAUAUCCAGAUAUUGCCCAAAGCAUAUCUCCUAUAUGCAUAUAUAUAUGAUGCUCAUAUCUCUGACAAAAACUUUCAUGACGGACGUAUUUAGCACGUAUUUAGCGUCAAUGUUGUCCUUGUUUCUAUCUAAAAUUAAUUUUAAAUUAUAUACACAGUUCCGGAUGUAAAAUUUAAACUUAACUAUGAUUUACAUCUUUGUAAUGAAAUUAUCAGAAGUAACAUUGAAAAUUGAACUACAACCACAUUUUCAGAUGCUCUGGUGGAGAUUUGUUAUCUGAUAUCAGUUGACCUAGAUUUUGACCAAGUGACAUUUUUAAGGCACCUGUUUCAAAAUCUGUACAGCCUUCAAUAGGCCUCAUUUAAUUACAAAUAUACAUGCACAUUUCUUCUAAAAUUGCAAAGUAGAAUUAAUUUGAUUAAACUUGAACAAAUGGUCUAUCAUUUUUACCUUGACAUCAUCUCCUGCUAAACCUCUUGCCAAUAGUGAUGAAACUACACAGGAAUGAUUCUUGAGUUGUCCUCUAUAAAAUGCUCAAAUAGAAUCGCUCCGCUUAACAAGGUACCUGCCAGAGGGAUUAAACAGAUUUGCUCAGAUGGUUCAAUUCUGGUGAACUAGAUGGCUGCUAGAGCAAAAAAUAGAAAGACCGACAUCUCCGCAACCACUUGCCUAGCUUCCUACUUUGUUGUGUUUUUAGCUACAGCUAUGUCAUUUGGACGUGUAAGCUAUAAUACAUUCCAUGGAAUUCCUUAACUUUGAACUUGAUUAUGACCAAAUUACCAGCUUUUGGGGCUAUAAAUAUAUGGCUUUAAAAUGCGGUGGCAUUAUAUAUUACAAAUAAGGUCUUGUUCAGUUUUGUUUCAUUUUGAAUAAUAUUUGUUCGUUCAAAUAUUAAAUAUAAGUUCCCUAUCGGUAAAACCGUCGUCCCUCUGUCUGUCCGUCCGAGCUUACAUUUGAAUACUUAUGUGGUUAGAGGUACAAUAAGUAACUGUAGCUUUUCUUUGAAGUCAUUCAUUCCGUAAGGCAUUUACGUGGCUAGUUUCCUUUAUGUGGCUAAAAGAACAAUAUAGUGACCACAUAAUUAGUGUCUCGUUACAACGUUCGUCUUUUUUGUUAGACCGUCAGUUCACAAAACUGGGUCCCGUGAUAACACAACAAGUACUGAUUUCUUAUGAAACUUAAAAUGUGGGUAUAUGGCAGUCUGGAGGUUAUGCACACUUCUUUUUUUUUUCUAUGUUGAAAACUUUGGUUGCUAUGGCAACAAAGAGACUUAAAAUAUGGCAAAAUGCAAAUGAUAAUGCAAAAAGUACUAAAAAUAGUUUCAUAAAACUAGGAAUAAGGGUAGAUGGCAGUAUUGAGAUUAUGCACAUCUUUUAUCAUCCUAUAUUGAAAACUGUGGUUGCUAUGGUAACAACUAAACUCAAAAUAUUGCAAAAAGAAAAAUAUUUGUGUUAACUCAAAAAGUACUGUAAUUUUUUUAUGAAACUUGAAAUAUAUUUAGAUGGCAGUAUGGAAAUUAAGUACAUUAUUCUAAGCUCGACUGUAGGGCGUAUAAUGCCAGCUGUCCUACUCACCCAAGGUCUGCGACCUUGUCAAGGUUUUUAAUUCCAUUAAA